UGGCAUUACAACGAAUUGUCAAUAAUAACAAAUUAUUUGUUUGUUUUUUUAGUUAUGUUGAAAAACACACAUUAUUUCGCAGGCGUAUAGUACUUUUAUAUAUAUGCUGCAUUCUAAAACUACAUCCAUGAGGUUAAGAGUCGUCUUAAGUAUGUAAGAGACUCUUUUGCUUAUUCACAUUGACAAUGGAAGUAAAACAAGCUACAAAACUUUUAGGAUGGAAUACGCAUUACAUAAGUAGUUCCUCGGGUGUUUUAAAUAUAUGUGAAAUUGUGAUAUGCUAUGCAAGUUUUGAACUGCUGAAAGACACUUGCAGACCUGCAUAUUCUUCUUCUACUGGUGGUUUUGUUGGCAGUGCUUAUGAAACAUAUUUCUACCUUUGCAUGUUUGCCUGUAUGAUUAUUACCUGUGUUUGGUUAUUUUCAUUUGUAAUUUCACACGUAUCUUGCAUGCUGGUGGAAAGGACAGUUCUUGGUGUCACGUUUUGGUCCAUUGCUUGCCUUUUUUCUUUCUUGACAAGCAUCAUCUUAUUUAUAUUUGUGAAUGAACCAAGAUCUGUUAUAAUCUAUGGAUAUUCUCAUAAAGUUGCUGCUUCUGUUCUAGGUUUGGUUAAUUCAGGAUUAUAUGCAAUAAGCGCAGUGAAAUCAUACAAGUUAUGCAAAAGCAGCUGGUCUUUUCAGUGACCUUGAUAGUGCACAUUAGGAAGACAGCACUGGUUAUCGCACAUUGAAGACAUAUAUGUAAUGGAAAGAAAUUCAUUUUAGCACUAAGUCAUAUUGUAUAAAUAUUGUAAAUAGCAUUAAAUAUAUGAAUAUUAUAUAUUGUAAUAUAUAAGAAUGCAAAUUAUAUUUAUUAUAGUACUCUAUAAUCACUUUGAAUAAAUAGCAAAACAUUAAAUAAAAUUAUUCAAAAGGUC